AUGACCUUUCCGGGACUAAGGAAAAGCUCUAGCUUUAGUGUUAAGUUGGAUAUUCUGAAAAGCAUUCAGAUGCGAGGAAUUGGGUUAAGUGGACCCUGUCAAACACCUGACUUUGUGCCCGCAUCCCUAUACCUCAAGGCUCAGAAGUCCGAUCUGAACAAUGCAGAAGGAGAUGACACGACAGUAUCAGAAUCGAUGCUGGACCUGCUGGAGCCCCCAAUAUCAGCACCAACAUCACCAGUGAACAAACCAACCAGAAGGUCUCAACUGAUGGAUUUUGAGGUUAAAUUACGACGAGGAAAAUUUGGUUUUGGACUUCGAUUGAUAGGAGGGGCGGAGGAAGGCACCCAGGUGCAGGUGGGUGCUCUCACUCCUGGUGGCUCCGCUGAAAACAGCGGCCAAAUCUAUCCUGGCGAUCUUAUCAUUGCUAUCAAUGGAAUCUCCGUUCUUGGAGCUACUCACAAAACAGUAAUCCGUUUGCUCGACACCCUAUCUCGCGACCUCUCGGGCAAUAUUUCCUUCGACUUGGUGAUCACCCUCUCCCUCCGUGGCUACCGAGCAUCCCAGAAAAACGGUGAAUAUGAGGCUGCCAUCGGGCACUUCGGCUCAAGCCCAACUUGUGCGUCAAUUCACCAACUAAGUAGCCAACCGAGAAGUGUCGGAGAUUCUUCUAGUGAAGAAUCUCUUCAUUCAAAACUCUCGUCGCCACAAAGCAACUCCAGUUCCCCAAUUCGUCGCCUCACUUCCCCACGUCGUCCUACAAGGCCGAUUCCGCUCAUUUACAAGGUGGAACUUCACCGACGGUUCGAUGAGAGCUUUGGAUUUUCCGUUGAUCGACUAUUCAGUCCUCACCGGGGAUGUCACAUUGAAUCAAUUACUCCAGGUGGUCCGGCCGACAGAAGCAAGCGGCUGCAAAUCGGUGACAAAAUCAUCGAAAUAAACGGACACUCCCUAGCUUUGCAGCCUCAUGAAACUACAAUCGAACAACUCUGCACGAAACGUCAUCGCAUUCAACUCACAAUAGAAAAAAAAGAGUCACGCAAUUCCUUUCAAAUACCGGAACUCAAUGAAAAUUCGGAAAGGUCGGAACGCAGAUCAAGAGAACAUCCGCCUGUUCCACGAUCCUGUCUUCUUGAAGCAGUUCCUGAGGCCUAUGAUUCUUACUGGGACUCCCGCUGUGUGAGUAAAUGCAAUUCAGUUUUGUUUGUCUUUUAUGUUGUGUUUCAAAAAGACUAUGUCGAAUCAUUAAUAAUUCAAAUUUAA